AAAACUUGGCACACAGAUUGUCAAGUUCCUAAACGUGACAUCACCAAAACUUGGCACACAGAUUGUCAAGUUACUAAACGUGACAUCACCAAAACUUGGCACACAGAUUGUCAAGUUCCUAAACGUGACAUCACCAAAACUUGUCACACAGAUUGUCAAGUUUCUAUCACAACGUGACAUCACCAAAACUUGGCACACAGAUUGUUCCUAUCACAACGUGACAUCACCAAAACUUGGCACACAGAUUGUUCCUAUCACAACGUGACAUCACCAAAACUUGGCACACAGAUUGUCAAGUUCCUAAACGUGACAUCACCAAAACUUGGCACACAGAUUGUCAAGUUACUAUCACAACGUGACGUCACCAAAACUUGGCAGCAGUCUGAGACCAGAGAGGUGACAUGCGGUGGAUUAUUUCCAGCCCCACCCCCACGGACUAUGACGUCAUGUUCGUCCUGCCCAUCCUGUGUUCACUCCUGACCGGUGUAGUGGGCUACAACGGGGGAAUCCCCAUAGGCGCCAUCUUUGACACGAAGGACACCGACUCCCAGCGUGCCUUUGAGAAGGCCUUGACCCAGCAUAGGAACAGCUCGAGCAGACCUUUCAAGGUCAACCUCCGUAUGGAGAAGGUCGACACGACGAGCAACUUCCAAGUCGCCAGUGCAAUGUGUCUCCUGAUGUCCCAAGGUGUGUUUGCUAUUGUGGGCCAGAAGUCCAUGGAGUCUGCUGACAUCGUCAAGGCUCUCUCCGCCACCUUCCACAUGCCCUUCAUCAGCACCACGCUCUCUAGUUCCUCUAUCAGGGGCGACCCCUCCCCCUACGAGUUCCACCUGCGGCCCGACACGACGCGCGCCAUCAUUGACCUCAUCGCCUACCUGGGCUGGCGUCACGUCAACUUCCUGUUUGACUCGGAUGAAGGUCUCCAGCGACUCCACAACAUGUACCGGCUGAGAAACGCGGACCUCCACUACUACUCCAUGGUCCGGCUCAAAGACCUGACGGACGUACACGACGAGCUGAAGAUGAUUGACAAGAUGGACAGCUCCAGCGAGUUCAAGGGCAUCGUCCUUGACCUCUCAUCGGAAGAAGCUUAUAAAACUGUCUUAAGACAGAUUCCUGAGGUCGGCAUGAACAAGGCGGGAUACAACUAUCUCUUGGCCACUCUGGACUUUAACUCCAUGGAGCUGUCACGGUUCCGGCAUGGGGGAGUCAACGUCACCGGCUUCCAGCUGUUGGACCCGCUCUCUCAGCUCUACAUCAGUCAGGUGCCGGCUGCCCUGGCAGUGGACGGGUUCCAGGUGGUAGAGAGUGCCAUCGCCGGUAUGCUGGAGACCGACAGCGACGUGUUCCGGUGGAGCUUCAGGCGGGGCGAGCUCUACAACCUCAACAAGACCAGGGGCGUGCCCUGCACCACCAGGCCCCCCCUGCCCUGGAUGUUCGGCCCUAGGCUCGUCUCCAUGAUCAAAAAGCGGUCCCCCAGCGGCUUCACGGGUAGCUUGACCUUUGACCAGGAGGGUUACAGGGACAACUAUAAGCUGGACGUGUUCCUCUCCAACGAGGAGAGGGGCUUACACAAGAUAGGGACGUGGUCACCUGAAGCCCAGUUUGUGCGAGAAUCUGACCCGAGUAAAUCCCAGAGCCAAGAAACCAACGACAACUUUAAACACAUCAAUGGCACCUACAUCAUCACAUCUAUAGAGAUUGAGCCGUUUCUAAAGAUCAAAGAAAAAUCUGGAUCCUCCAUAGAGUAUGAAGGCUUCUCGGCCGACCUGGCUCGCGAACUGGCCAAGGAGGUGGGGUUCAACUACAAGUUUAAGAUCGUGUCAGAUGGGGCGUACGGUAGACUCGAGCACAGCAAUAACACGUGGAAUGGCAUGAUAGGCGAGCUCAUCUACGGGGUAGCUGACCUUGCCAUCGCCCCACUGACCAUCACAGCCGAGAGAGAACGCUACGUGGAUUUCUCCAAGCAUUUCAUGGAGAUCGGCGUCACCAUCAUGAUCAAGAAACCUCAGAGUCAGCGGCCUGGCGUCUUCUCCUUCAUGGAGCCACUGUCUAUAGAGGUGUGGCUGUGCAUCAUCAUCGCCUACCUGACGGUCAGCAUCGGCCUGUUCCUGGUGUCCAGGUUUAGUCCAGUGGAGUGGAAGAAGGUCAAGGAUGGUCAGCAUGUCGACUGGUCCAAGGUCCGCAAGGAAUCCGACGGCGUCUACCACAACGACUUUUCUCUCUUCAACUCAUUUUGGUUCUCCAUGGGGGCGCUCAUGUUCCAGGGGAGCGACAGCUGCCCCAGGUCAAUCUCUGGACGUAUUAUCGGCGGGGCCUGGUGGUUUUUUGUCCUGAUCCUCAUCUCCUCCUACACGGCCAACCUGGCAGCUUUCUUGACCAUCGAGAGGAUGGUUAGCCCCAUCGAGUCAGUCGAUGACCUCGUCAACCAUCCAACCAUCAAAUAUGGCGCCGUGGCUUCCGGUGCUACGCUGCAAUUUUUUGCUAACUCUGAUGUCCCUGUCUACAAACAGAUGGGAAAUUACAUGCAGGCUCACCCUGAGGUUCUCGUACAGACCUCACACGAGGGGGUCAAGCGCGUGUCUGACUCCAAAAAUAAGUACGCCUUUCUGGCUGAGUCAUCUCUAGUUGAGUACUACAAUGAGCGGAAGCCUUGCGACACUGUCAGCGUUGGUGGCAAACUCAACAACCUCGGCUUCGGUGUAGCCACGCCCAGAAACUCUCCUCUAAGAGAUCCCAUUAAUGUUGCUGUUCUCAAAUUGAAGGAGACAGGAGCUCUGUACACUCUGCACCAGAAGUGGUGGGUGGAGAAAGGUCAAUGUGGCGGCCUUCACCAGAGCAAGAAAGGCAAGGUGUCGCUGACCUUGAGCAAUGUUGCUGGAAUCUUCUACAUCCUGAUAGUCGGCCUAGUGAUCGCUAUCUCACUGGGCGUCUUUGAAUUUUUGUGUUUUAGGAACAAGAAUAAGAACGAACCAAAUCCUCCAAACGACGGCUACCUCAGGGGCACAAACACACUGACCACAUUGUGUGCCACGCCAAACGACAGGGAAGACUCGAUGUUGCCAUAUGAAUCCCGGAGACAGACCCCGGAACCAUCAAGCCAUUCCGGAUCUGAUAAAUUCCUUGACCCUUGUCCUCAUAGACAGGUGCCCGAGCCCCCCUACAUUGGAUUUGAAAAGUUCAUGGUGGAUACAGCGCUUAAAACAGAGCACGACACGUUUUGACGCAUGACAAAUCUCAUAUCUGAUAACCAAUUGUCAGCUCCUAUUAUAUGCAAAGAAUCUAUUUUUCUAUAAGCCCAUGUCUUCAUAAGAUUUCAUUUCAUCAAACAAAAAAUUAAGGGUCUUUUAAUGUCUUUUCAUUUUGUUCAAGACAUUCUCAGGUGAUGACAGGUGUGUGUGUCAUGGUGUCAGGUGAUGACAGGUGUGUCAUGGUGUCAGGCAAUGACGUGUGUGUCAGGUGAUGACAGGUGUGUGUGUCAUGGUGUCAGGUGAUGACAGGUGUGGGUGUCAUGGUGUCAGGUGAUGACAGGUGUGUCAUGGUGUCAGGUGAUGACAGGUGUGUCAUGGUGUCAGGUGAUGACGUGUGUCAGGUGAUGACAGGUGUGUGUGUCAUGGUGUCAGGUGAUGACAGGUGUGGGUGUCAUGGUGUCAGGUGAUGACAGGUGUGUCAUGGUGUAAGGUGAUGACAGGUGUGUCAUGGUGUCAGGUGAUGACGUGUGUCAGGUGAUGACAGGUGUGUGUGUCAUGGUGUCAGGUGAUGACAGGUGUGUCAUGGUGAUGACAGGUGGGUGUGUCAUGGUGUCAGGUGAUUACGUGUGUGUCAGGUGAUGACAGGUGUGGGUGUCAUGGUGUCAGGUGAUGACAGGUGUUGGUGUCGUGUCGGCAGGUAAUGACAUGUGUGGUUGAUGUUGUAAUGUACGUGGCAGAAAGAGUUGAACCAAAUUGUGAUGUGUUAUAUUCAUUCUAUUUUGUAUUAGUGCCACUGUCUGAAUUCUUUGACUUGUCGAUAUGCCAUGUGACCCAGAAAUGUCAAGAUUUUAUUGACAUUUAAUGUCAAGUCAUUAACUUUUGAUCAAGCUAUGUAUGCAAUUAUGUGCGUUAAAUUAUUAAUAUGCUCAUUAUGAUAUUGUGAUGAAAUGUCAUGACCUUGACCUAUAUCAUGUUGACCUUGUGAUGUCUUAUACAACAACGUGAGUAUAUGAAAACGUGACCACGUGACAGCGUGGCCAGACAACAAACGUGACAAAUCGCCAUCACAAGGUAGAGACUACACGUUGACCCAUGGACCUUUACAAUGUGUGACAGACGAACGACAAAUUGUGUACUGUACACACAACGUGUGGUGUACACACAAUGUGUGGUGUACACACAAUGUGUGGUGUACACACAAUGUGUGGUGUACACACAAUGUGUGGUGUACACACAACGUGUACUGUAUACACAAUGUGUGGUGUACACAAAUUGUGUGGUGUACACAAAUUGUGUGGUGUACACAAAUUGUGUGGUGUGCUACUUUGUACAUCAUUUUGUUUAGUGUGGUGGCACGGGACGACUCGUGGUUUACCGAUAAAAUCUUUGUUAGUUCACACACGAAAUAUUUUGUCCCCUGUUCACCACCUACCCUCACCCUCCACCUCAUAUUUGUACGUCCUGCCUACUCAAAGACAGCUCUUCAUCCAAGGUCAACUCAAGGUCAACCCAAGAUCAACUGAAACCUGGUUUUUGUACAUUUUUUGACUCAAUGAACACAUGAAACGUUAAUGAUUUUUGUACUGUUAUAAAAUGUAAAUUUAUUUUAUUGUUUGUGGUUCUUAUCAACA